GGCAUCAAAGGAACCUCCCCAUGUUCCCUCUAAACCUCUGCCUGUCUCGUCUCUGAGAAAGCCCACGAACAGGUGAGGGGACACAGGACUGCGGAAGGGAUGUAGCUCAGUGGCAGAGGGUCUGCUUUCAACGCACAAGGUCCCAGGCACCCCCGCUUAAAGCCCUGGAGAGCUGCUGCCAGCUAAUGUAGACAGUGGACCAGUAGGCAUUUAUGGAAGAUUCCAGUGUGGGAGGAGGUCCCUCAAUAAAGCAUAAUGAAGACACAGGUUUCUUAUUCUUGCCAUUCAUUGGUUCAUGAUUCCAUUAGUUUGCAAGCUUCCUAUAUAGAGCAGGGAAAGCAUGGUCCCCUGUCCUCAAAAAGGUGGGGAAGGGAGAUAGGAGAAACUUCAGAUGAAUACUGGAGAUGAGGAUUGUUGCUUAAAGGACUGGGGGGGCAUGGCAGAAAUUCACAUUUGCAUAUGUUAAUUUAUAUACAAUGAUAGGAGUUUGGGGGGCUUGGCAGGGGGCUUCUGGUCCAUACACAUAGUUUUUUAAAGUUGCAUUUUAAAAAACAAAACAAAAAAAACCAUCUGCAGUUGUGAAGAGAUGCUACCAGUCAGUGUAGAGAAUAUUGAGUUAGAUGGAGUCCCUGUCUGCAGAGCUGGUGCCACUCAGUGUAAACAAUGCUGAACUAGAUAAGACCAACGCUUACAAUGUAUAAGGCAGCUUCCAAUGGUUCCUGUAUUAUGUGUACGCACUGUCUCCCUCCCUCCCUCCCUCCCUCCUUCUUCCCUGGUGUUUUCUUCCUACCAGCAUUCCACACCCAUCUCCUUUGUUGCUAUGGUGUUCUGUGGCUUGACACGUGACCUGCCUUCUCAUCGGUCCACACACAAGUUCCCGGAGCCAGGCUCAGCGAAUCUGCAAACAAACUCACUUUUGGCACCCACAGAGGUGAAACAGGAGACAGAGGCUGUGCACCGCUGCUUCCCUGAACCAAGGCGACAGCUAAACCUUUCCAAACACCCACAACAGCCACUUGGUUAAACAGAGGCACCGGAAGCCUAGCACAUCGUUCCAGCAUGAGCCCCAGAUCUAAUGGGCAUCUGUCACUCCCCAGCGACUGUUGCAUCUCACCAUCAUUCUGAUUCUGUUGCAGGGACCUUUAAGUCACCACAGAGCCAGAGCAGAGGAGGACAAAGGGGCCUGUCAAGAGAGCUAAGGAGCAUGUGGGGACGUUGACCUGACCCACCCAACCUCGUUGGCCUUUGGCAGCAGCGAUAAUUUGGAAAACAUGAUUCCCGGAGAGAACAUUUGCUGAGAAAGGGCAGGCAAGUCCUCUCCCCCCACACCACCAACUGCACACAAACAGUGUAGCUAGCUAAAGAGCAAAGAUCGAAGCACUUCACUCAGAGAAAGCUGUUUUGCAUUGCAAGAGAGGACAAGAGCCCAGCUGGGCACUUUUGCAGCAACAGAUAGGUGCGCGCUGGUGCAUUGCCUGUGGCACCUGUCAGAGGAAGACCCCAAUUCUCCUCUAAUGUGAAUUAAAGGAAAGGUGAAUCUCAGGGGUCGUGCCUGCACACACGCUCCUGUCCCUGGGAGUGCGGCUUUUGCUGAGGGAGCCCCUGCCAGAUACUGCCUCCACGUUGCAAUGGCGCAACAGCACGGCGGCACUCCAAAUCCCGCUGCACUGGGACCCGAACAGGUUCAACUCCUUUUGGCCACAAGCAAAGAAGCCAAGCGGUUUGCCUACUGCCCCUACAGCAACUACCCGGUGGGGGCUGCCCUCCUGACCUCCGAUGGGAAGAUCUUCUCUGGUAAGUGAAGGAAGACCCUCCUCCAUGUGGCAGCCAUGCCAUGCAUCCUUCUACUGAAGUCCCUCUGGCUCAGUACUGUCCACUCUGGGUAGCAGUGGCACUCCAAAGCUUCAGACAAGGAACCUUCCCCUGCCCUACCCUUUGGGGAUUGGAUCUGUGGCCUGGUAGUAAUGUAUUUGCAGGGUAUUUGGUUCAGGUCUGGUUGAAAGAUCAAGAACCGUCAGAACUGGCUGGGGUGUCAUGCAUUUUUUGCUUAAAUCCAUGCUGUUAUUUCUACAUUUGCAUCGAUGCUUACAAUUCGCACCUGCAAUUUUGCGUACCCUUGCCUGCCCUCUGUUUUGGCAGCAGCCUUUCAAACAGAAGAUGCCUUCAGACAGAGCAAUGCCUUCAGUAAAGUAGAACACAUGGCCACCCCCCGAAAAGCACAUUGCAUGCCUCAUUUCAGUAAUCUUACAACAGCCCUAGGGACGCGAGUGGCGCUGUGGGUUAAACCACAGAGCCUAGGACUUGCCGAUCAGAAGGUUGGCGGUUUGAAUCCCCGUGACCGGGUGAGCUCCCGUUGCUCGGUCCCUGCUCCUGCCAACCUAGCAGUUCAAAAGCACGUCAAAGUGCAAGUAGAUAAAUAGGUACCGCUCCAGCGGGAAGGUAAACAGCGUUUCUGUGUGCUGCUCUGGUUUGCCAGAAGCGGCUUAGUCAUGCUGGCCACAUGACCUGGAAGCUGUCUGCGGACAAACGCCGGCUCCCUCGGCCAAUAAAGCGAGAUGAGCGCCACAACCCCAGAGUCGGUUACGACUGUACCUAAUGGUCAGGGGUCCCUUUACCCUUUACCUUUUACAACAGCCCUAUAAAGCAGGGCACCAGUAUUAUCCCUUAUAUUGCGGGUGGAAGAGGACUGAGGCUUUGCCAGAAUAGCCAUCAUUCUGCCUGUUGGAUGCUAUCGGACUCCCAACUCCCAUCAACCCCAGCAAGCAUGGCUAAUGGUCCAGCUACAUCUGAACAGGUUGGGCCGAAUGUCUCAUUGUGAGUUCUUGGGGGCAGUGAGGUUUGAAAUGGGAAAUAAACCUACAGUACUGAUGAUUCAUCAUCAUGUGUUUUGAACCAGAACUUUUCUUCUGCAGGGGGUAGCCAGUGUACUGUAAAAUCAAUGAACCAGAACCACUGAUAUCACUCAGAGUAAAAAAUGAAUGAAUUUGACAAUACUUAAUGAACCAGUUCAAGUUCUAACUGUGGCUUCUGUAAGAGGUAUCAAAGAUAGAUUGGCAGAAAUGGUUUGAUUUUUUUUAAUCCAAUCAAUAUUUUUUUAAUAUAUAUAUAUAUAUAUAUGAUCAGGAACUGGCUCCUUAGUUCCCCAGAACCAUUCCCCAGCCCUUGACCCUUAGUGAAUUUUUAAUUCCUGUCAAACUGACAAUGUUCUUUUCCCUCGCAAAAGCUGACCUGCAAGCUCUCCAAUUUCAUAAGCAAUGGAAUGUUCUGUGAUGCCACAACAGCUCAGCCAAUCCAUGAUGAGGCAUUGCUGCCAUGAGUACAAUAUACUAUAGAUAUGGAUUCUAAGGCUUCAUCACGAGAGAUUUUAAUCCAUCUUGUGCUUUCUACAGGUUGCAACAUUGAAAAUGCAUGUUACCCGCUGGGUGUGUGUGCUGAACGUACAGCAAUCCAGAAGGCAGUGUCAGAAGGGCAUACAAAAUUUCGAGCUAUAGCUAUUAUUUGGUAGGUAUGCUUCCUUGGUGAACGAGCAGCCUUGGGAGGAUUUGCAGCCUGGAAGGUGGGCUAUAAAUAAUUGCUAUCAGCCAGUGGCUUUAUAUGCACUAUACAUUUAAAGCAGCGUCUCACCACUUCAAACAGCUAUGGCUUUCCCCAAAGAAUGCUGGAAACUGUUGCUUAUUAAGAGUGCUGAGAGUUAUUAGGUGACCCCUAUUCCCCUCAAAUGAGACAUGGGUGGCGCUGUGGGUUAAACCACAGAGCCUAGGAUUUGCCAAUCAGAAGGUCGGCAGUUCGAAUCCCCGCGACGGGGUGAGCUCCCGUUGCUUGGUCCCUGCUCCUGCCAACCUAGCAGUUCGAAAGCACAUCAAAGUGCAAGUAGAUAAAUAGGCACCGCUCCGGCGGGAAGGUAAACAGUGUUUUCGUGCGCUGCUCUGGUUCGCCAGAAGCGGUUUAGUCAUGCUGGCCACGUGACCUGGAAGCUGUACGGCAGCUCCCUCGGCCAGUAAAGCAAGAUGAGCGCCGCAACCCCAGAGUCGGCCACGACUGGACCUAAUGGUCAGGGGUUGAAUUACUCUGGAAAUUGUUACUCUGGGAAGGGAAUAGCUUCCUAACUACUCUCAGCACCAAGCAACAAACUACAGUUCUCAGAUUCUUGGGCGGGGGGCAGGGGGGAAAGUCAUGACCAUUUAAGGUGGUUUGAUGCUGCUUUAAAUAAGGAAUGCAGAAGGGGCCAGACAGUCAGUUCACUACAUACACUGAGUCUUAAAUGCUAUGGAUUUCUUGACCUUCUUUCCCUUCCCCUGGCGUUCUGUUGAGACCUGUGGUGAGAGAUCUGGUGGGAUAAGAGACCAGGGCUGGAGAAACUCAAGCCCAAGGGCCAAAUGUGUGUCUGUUUGGCCUCCAGGACCCUCCCCACCCCCCUCUCACCUGCUCUGUACCCUUCUCAGGUGCUUUUGCAUGACAGGUAAAGACACCAAGAAGGUGCAAUGCAAGAAAAUAACAUUGGAAUGAAAAGAUUUUCCCAUAAGAAGCAGAAUGAAGGAAUACAUAGGUUUUGGUAGCUUUUUUCUAAGAGGUCUAGGGAUGGAUCUACACAAAGGGGAAAAAACAAUAUAAAUGAGUCAGAAAUUAAAUUGUUAUAACAGAAUAAAAAAACCGCUAUGGGAAAUCACUUACGGUAGAUAUUUUUUUUGCUCUCUGGUGCCAUCUGGUGUUGCAGGUUUAUAACACAUUCAAAACGCUGUUUGUUGACUAAUGUAGCUGAGUCCUAGGCCUAGAUCUGACUGUAAGAGCAGUUUGACAAUAGAACCAAUUUUCUAGAGAGGUGGUGAGCUCCCCUUGCUGGGACCACCUGUUGGAGAUGCCGAAGCAUUGUGCAGGGGGUGGACUAGAUGGCUUUCAAUGCCCCCUCCAACUCUGGGUGCCUUCAGAUUUGCAAAUGGGUUGCUGGGGCAUUACAACUGGGUUAUGAGCAAUAGGCUCGUUUUUGAACAUAUCAGUGUUUAUCCCUCUUUUAAUCUAGAUUAAACCAGAUUUCUGUGUGGGGCAGGGGGAGAUUUGGGCUGGCAAUUGACGACACUGUGGUGGUGAUAUGGAUGCUGGAAAAACCUUGCGGUCAGUGGACACCUGUCCGGAGACCAGCCACCCACCCACCCACCCAAUGAUCUGGGAAGUGUGUCUUGUUCUGACUUCAUUAUUUUUUCAACUUGAAUCUUUCACCGUAUUAGCAUAUUUUAUAGACAGCCUCCUCUGCUAUGAGCGAGACUCCUGAACUCUGCUUUUAUUCUGCUCCAACAGCAACAGCCAAGAAACGUUCGCGGUGCCCUGUGGGGCUUGCAGACAAGUGCUCAGAGAGGUAAACAGACCUCUCCUUUAAACCUCAUACCCUUCUUUGCCAUUGUCACACGAACACACCAGAACCAAAGGACAAGAGAUCCCUCCUAUGGAAAUGGCUUCCUUCCUUUAGGCCAGAGAGGCAUUAAAGCAGUGAUGUCCCUCCAGCUGUUGGUGGACUACAAUUCUCUCCUGGUAUGCCCCACAGAGGACCUUAAGGUCCAUGAAUAACAAUAGUUUAGAGGUCCCGGGCCCUAAGGAAGUCAGACUAUCCUCCACCAGGGCCAGGGCCUUUUCAGUGAUGGCUCCGACCUGGUGGAAUGCUCUGUCCCAUGAGACUAGGGCCCUUCAGGAUUUAACCUCCUUCUGUUUGGCCUGUAAGACAGAGCUAUUCCGCCUAGCCUUUAAUUUGAAUUCAGCCUGAUCUUUUAUUUCCCUUCUCUUCCUUCCCCCUCCCCUUUUAUGAAGAUCACCCACUCUGAGACCCCACAGCUAAUUCUCCCUUGGCCUCUUCGCUGGCCCAAGUAGGACUAAUUCAGCCAGCUAGCCCUGGUGAUUAUCUAAUGCUUAUUAGAUGGAUUUCCCCUAAAUUGAUUUCUGAACUUUGAAUUUUAUUGUUAUUCAUGUUUUUAUACUGUAUUUUAUGCUGCUUUUACAAUUAAGUGUUUUAAAUUCGUUGUUAGCCACCCUGAGCCCAGUUUUUGAACUGGGAAGGGCGGGGUAUAAAUAAUUUAUUAUUAUUAUUAUUAUUAUUAUUAUUAUUAUUAUUCCCAUCAUCCCUGACCACUGGUCCUGUUAGUUAAGGAUGAUGGGAGUUGUAGUCCCAAACAGCUGGAGGGACAAGUUUGGCCAUCACUGCAUUAAAGAGAGGGGGGGUCUUAAAAUUGGGAAGAGGGGCCUUCUAAUAUAAAUUGUCCCCAAGAUCAGAGUCCAUACUUAAGAACUAGGAAGUGGCUAAUGUCACAACUGGUUUUUAAAAAGGGAUCCAAGCUAUUCUAGGCCGAUUACCUGAAUGCCUCCUGUAUCAGAGGUGCUAUGCUUCUGUCUACCAGGUGUUGAGGGCUACUGCACUCAGGUACUCCAUGUGGUCUUGCCAUUGGGGCAUCUGGUUGGCCACUGGCAGAACCGGAUACUGGGCUAAACGGGCCUUUGAGCUGAUCCAGUUUCAAGCUAGCAUCCGUCUGUCUUGGGAGACAAUGGAAGAGGACACCUGGGAGGGGGGUAAAGUCUAGCCACUGAAGAGUUAUAGAGACCAAUAUGGGAGAGAAAUGUUUUUAUUGCAAGUUGAGCAGAUAAAGACAUCCGAUUUUGCUGCUACAGGUGCACCAUGACGUUUAUUCUCCAGCUUCGGUGCUCUUCUUAUGCUUUAACUCACUUGUUUCCCAAACUUGCAUCCCCAGCUGUUUUUGGACUACAAUUCCCAUCAUCCUUGACCACUGGUCCUGCUAGCUAGGGAUGAUGGGAGUUGUAGUCCAGAAGCAGCUGAAGACCCAAGUUUGGAAAACUACUACUCAGUGAGAAGAUACACUUUGGGGUAGAAAUGCAUCAGAUUGUGCUAUAAGACAACCAUCUUGUGGGAUUUCUUUUUUUAAACCUUUAUCUAGUUCGGAAAACAUUGGGAAAUCUUCUUGGCCAAGGCAGAUGGGACGCACAUUCAGAAGACUUUGGAGGACCUGUUGCCUUUGUCCUUUGGACCAGAAGACCUGAAGAUGGUCUGAAGAGCACAAGAAACAAGAAUCAACCCACAGAGGCUUUGGUGACCUUAAUGCUCCCGGCAUGAUGACAGAGUCCUUUUAUAUAUUUCAAAACUAUUGCAGAUUCAGAUAUUCAGUUCAAAUGUGAUUCCUUUAGCCCAUCCUGCACAUUCAGGGAGGGAGCUACUUUGGAAGUCACUCAGCUAAGAGCGAUAUUUAUGAAAGCAAGGAAUGGUAGAGCAUGAGACUCUUAAUCGCAGGGUCAUGGGUUCGAGCCACACCUUGGGUGAAAGAUGGGGUUGGACUAGAUGACCCUUGGUGUCCCUUCCAACUUUGCAAUUCUAUGAAAUCCUUUUGCAGCUUAAUGCCCUGCUUUACAGAAGUGGCUUCCCCCAUGAAGUCUCCCCUAAAAAAAGCUCCAUCUCAGUAUCUGCAUUGCAAGCAUGCACUGCUCCAGGUGGAAGACGGAAAGAUGCCUUAGACCAAAUCAGACCAUUGGUCUACUUAGCUCAAAACUGUCUCUACACUGACUGGCUGUGGCUUGCCGAGGCUUCAGACUUUUUCAGCCCUACUUGGAGAUGCUGAGGAUUGAAACUGGGACCUUCUGCAUGCAAAGCAGAUGCUCUACCAUAGCUUCUUUAGGAGAAACUAUGGUCCUCCUCCAAAAUAUAAAAAAGAUCCCGGUCCUCAUGGUUCUCAAUAAAGGGUUGAUUUAAACAGGAACACAUGGGUUCAUCUAGCUUAGUUUUGUUUCAAGCUCUGUCCCAAGAUUUCAGAUAGCCCUACCUGGAGAUGCCAGGAAUUAAACAUGGGACCUUCUGCAAGCAAAGCAGAUGCUUCAUAGCUGGGGUGCAGCUCUUCCUCAGAAGAUGUGCAAAACGCUGGAGAGGAGGAGGACUUCUACAGCUGGGGGCUCAACCCUUAUGUCUAGAAUUCUUUUCAAAAAAAGGCUCUUUUCUUUUCUCUGUGACACCCCACUCUUUUUUACAAGAAUCAGAAGACAGUCACAGUCAACAGACUUAUGAUCUCAAAGCUAUGGCACACAAGGAAAAAGGGAUGGGGAGGGAGAAAUGAAGUGCCCAAGCACCAGCUCUCAAAGCUGCAGUGUUAAAAGGUGUGCGUCUGAACCCAUAUGCAUGUCUAGGACUCGCGUGUAUUCAGUGACUGAAAUCUUUUGCUCCCAAUAUAUAUAAUUUGAUUGAUUUUCCCAUUUUAACCCAUUUAUACCAAUUAUUUCCACAUCAAUACAAUUUCGUUUAAGUGGUUUCCUGCAUGCCGCUCUUGACCUGUUUAUUUGCUUUUGUCAAGAUAAUUUUGUGUGUUUUACUUACGUACAGGGAGGGACAUCCUUGCACCCGUAAAACAUGACACAAAAAGAACUGUAAUGUAAUCAUGUGUGCUGUUACAUCGGCAAUGCUUUUCCCACCAGUAUUUCAGCACUGCCCUGGGGCCCAGCAUUUUCCAGCCUCCCAUAAUAUGCCUUUUACAUAUGACUUGUAUUCACUUCUGUUUUUGUUGCAAUAUUAAAAGUGAAACUUGACAAAUAA